AUGAGUACCGAGGUUCGUCCCGACUUGGCCGAUGAUCAGGCUUUGGCCCGAUUGGGCAAGAAGCAGGUGCUAAAGCGACGAUUUGGCUUCUAUUCCAUUAUUGGCUUUGCUAUGGCCGAGUUGAUCACCUGGGAAACUGUUCUUACGCUGUUCUAUGAAUCGUACGAAAAUGGUGGCUCUGCGGGUGCGUUUUAUGGCUAUAUUAUCGCCUGUUUAUCCACCUUGUCCACCUAUACUGUCAUUGCCGAGUUGGCUUCCAUGGCGCCCAUUGCGGGUGGCCAGUAUUAUUGGGUUUAUAUGCUGGCCCCAAUGCGGUGGAAGAAAGUUUGCUCCUAUCUGAUUGGAUGGUUGACUUCUUUGGCCUGGAUUGCGACAGUUGCAACUGAGACCAUCUUUCUGGGUACUAUGAUUGAGGGUUUAGUCACCUUGAAUAACCCGGAAUUUGCCCAACAGCGAUGGCAAAACACGCUGUUGGCGUGGGCUAGCGUGGCCGCGACAUUCUUCAUCAAUGUUGUGAUCCCAAACGUCCUGCCCCGAUUUGAAAUUGUUAUUCUCAUCCUGCAUUUGGCGGGUUUCAUUGGUAUCACGGCGACUUUGCUCGCGAUGUCGCCUAAGAAAUCGGCCCACUUUGUCUUCCACACAAAACUGAAUGAAGGCGGCUGGCCUACACAAGGCCUCUCGUAUUGCGUGGGCUUUAUCGGAAACGUUGCAACCUUUGUCGGUGCUGACGCCAGUGUUCACAUGGCUGAAGAAGUUGCCAACGCCGCGACCGUGAUUCCUCAGGCGAUUAUUACCGGAAUGACACUUAACAGUCUCCUCGGCUUUUCGAUGAUGCUCACGAUCUUGUUCUGCCUGGGCGACGUCAAGUCAGUCCUGGACUCAGCAACAGGCUUCCCUUUCAUCCAAAUCUUCUACAACAGCACGAACUCUUACGCAGGAGCGUCGGUCAUGACUGCACUUAUCAUCGUACUUACGAUGGCAUGUUCUAUCGGCAUUACCGCCACCGCAUCUCGUAUGACCUGGUCCUUUGCCCGUGACCAUGGAUUCCCCUUCUCCCACUACCUGAAGAAGGUGAACAAGCGAACCCAAGUACCCCUCGUAUCUGUCUCCGUAGUCUGCGGAUUGGCCUGUGCCCUGACCCUCAUCUACAUCGGAUCCACAACCGCUUUCAACGACGUCAUCUCCUUGACCGUCACCGGUUUCUACUGUACCUAUUUCCUCCCCAGCGCGUUCCUCCUCUACCACCGGAUUAAAGGAAAUGUCCUUCCCCAUGGCACCAUGCUUGACGGAAGUCACCCCGAUGCAGCCAUUAGCGCCCCAGCCAUAACCAAGGAGAAAUCUGCCGCCCUUGUGCAGCCCAAAGAGCCCGAGGAUUUGCCUAGUUCAAGCAGCCCCGAACGCGACAUUGAAGCUAAACGCCCUGUGGAGUUUGAGAUCGCCCAAGCCCCCUGA